ACAAUAAGAAAACUUUAAUACACCACAUAUCGACAUGGAAACUUUCGCACAAUUUCUUCCAUUGAUGGGGCUCUUUCUUUCUGUUCUAAUCUUAACUUACAAAAGAAGCACAAAAAACAUUACAAGAAAAAUCACCAAACUAGCAGCUCCAGAACCACCAGGGGCAUUACCUUUUGUAGGCCACCUUCAUCGUUUACAAGGCAAAGCUCCUAUAGCCAGGAUACUAGCAAAAAUGGCUGAUGACUAUGGGCCAGCCUACUCUCUACAGCUAGGUAGCCAUCGAGCAUUGGUUGUUAGCAGUUGGCAGAUGGUGAAAGAUUGCUUCACAACCAAUGACAGAAAUUUCGCAACAAGACCGAAUAUGACAGUCAGCAGGUACAUGGGCUACGAUAGUGCUGUUUUCGCCCUGGCACCAUAUGGAGCGUAUUGGCGCGAAAUCCGAAAACUGGUUACUUUGCAGCUCUUGACUAGUCAAAGGCUUGAAAAGCUCAAGAAUGUUCGUGAUUCCGAAGUGAAGUACCUCAUUAACGAGCUCUCUAAGAAUGGAGAUCAAGCAUCUGUAGUCGACAUGACCAAGUGGUUCGAGCACGUAACGUUUAAUAUAAUUGUAAGAAUAUUGGCCGGGAAAAGAUUUUCCGAUGGUGGUAAUGACGAAGAUUCACAGGUAAAGGAAGCCAUAAAGAAAGGGUUGUACCUUAGUGGCGUUUUCGUCGUGUCUGAUCUAAUCCCGAAUUUGGAAUGGAUGGACAUUGGAGGGCAUGUGAAAGCGAUGAAGGAAGCUGCGAAAGAGCUCGAUAGUGUCCUCGGGAAGUGGCUGGACGAACAUGUUGAUAAGAGAAUAGAACAUGAUGCCGAUAAAGAAUCCGAUUUCAUCGAUGUGAUGCUGUCAAACCUGUCAAAAGAUGCCGAAAUUUAUGGCCAUCGGCGCGAAACCGUUAUCAAGGCAACAACACUGAUUCUGAUCUUGACCGGUUCAGAAAGCACGGCGGAGACGCUGACAUGGGCGCUUUCUUUGCUAUUGAACAAUCCCGACAUCAUGAAAAAAGCCCAGAAGGAGGUUGACAUCCAUGUAGGUAGAGAGAAAUGGGUCGAAGAAUCAGAUAUAAAUUUUUUACCUUAUCUACAAGCUAUAGUGAAGGAAACACUCCGAAUGUAUCCACCAGGUCCAUUAGCAGGACCUCGUGAGGCCAUUGAUGACUGUUAUAUCGGGGACUAUCAUGUCUCCAAAGGGACUCGACUGAUUGUGAACAUAUGGAAGCUACAUCGCGACCCACAAAUUUGGUCGGAUCCUGAUGAAUUUCGACCCGAAAGGUUUCUUAAUGAACACUCGGACGUAGGCUAUCAGGGUCAGAAUUUUGAGUACAUUCCGUUCAGUUCAGGAAGGAGAAUGUGCCCUGCAAGUACGUUCGCUUUGCAAGUAAUUCAUUUGACGCUUGCUAGGUUACUUCAAGGGUUUGACUUGUCAACGCCAAUGGGGAAACUUGUGGACAUGACAGAAGGCUUAGGGAUUGCGUUGCCGAAGGUGACACCACUUCAAGUUAUCAUCACUCCAAGGCUUUCUCAAGAGCUCUAUCAGAUCGGUUAAAUUAUUCACGGGUUGCAGGAUGAAGCCGCUAGUGGUGUAUUAAUCUGCUACGUGGAGUACAUUGUUACUGAAUAAUUGUUGAAAAUGGGAUUUUGUUGCUAAUUUAUGGUAUAA